CCUCUGACACCAGCUGCCACUCUACGCUACUCCCGAGCCUCAUCUGAAGCACUUUGUCUCGCCGUCGCGUCACUUCACACACUCCUUUGCCGCAAGUUCGCGACUUCACUCUACCAUGGCCGCCAACAACCUGCUUGAUCGCCUCGUAGGACUUGCAAUGCUUGUCGUCGCUUCAACUAUCUUCCUUUACUACACUAUCUGGACUCUGCUCAUGCCAUUCGUCGACGAUUCGCAUCCUGUCCAAAACCUAUUCCCUCCUCGAGUCUGGGCGAUCCGCAUUCCAGUCAUCUUGCUCCUUGUCGGCGGAGCCGUAGUCGGCAGUUUCCUGAGCGUUGUCAUGAUAAGGAGCAACAGGAAAAAGGCAUUGAAAGCGAAGAAGGCUGCCGCAGCAAAGGCGCAAUAGAUGGGAGUUUCCGGGGAAGCGUAGGCGUCACGGUCCGGUCAUAAUAGCUCAUUGAGCAUUUCGGGUAUAAAAAUCAUACAAAAGGCUCGAGCUCGAAUUCACUGGCCCUCACUACAUGCGCGAUUGUUUC